AUGUCUUCGAAAUCCUCCUCCUCCUCCUCUUCCGCGGACUCAAUCGCCCGACACUUCAUCCAGAAGUAUUACACAACACUACACAAUGCGCCUAAGAAAGUUCCGUCGAUCUUUUAUUCGCCUUUUGCGCACAGGGCCACUUCGUACGUUUCGAAUGGCAACAACAACAACAAAACCAAAAACGGAGGUAAAGACGCAACAACAACUUCGAAAACAAACCUAACGCUGCCCCCGAAGAACGAAGUUCAAGACUCACGCGCGUCUCUGCAAUCACAUUUCACUUCCCACGAGAAGUAUUACAUGGAUUUGAACACGACGAUUUCGAGUUUAGAUGCCUCGGAGGUGACUUUUGUGCAAGACAAGACGCUGCUCGUGUUGGUUAAAGGAGCGUUCAGUAGCAGUAAUAAUCUUGGAGAGGAAAAGAGCAGAAGGAAUUUUUCCCAGACGUUUCUUUUGACGACGGCGAGGGGAGGAGGUCGAGUCGAGCACGGACAAUACCACCAACAGCAACAACAACAACAACCAGAACAACAACAGUCAUACGAGUUUGUGUGUACGAACGAGUUAUUACAGCUCAGCCGCGAGCAUCAAAUCGAUAAAGGCGUUGGGACGAGAGAUACGGGCGCAGACUUAUACGACGGCGCGGUGAAGGUGUUUCCUCCGUCGACGCCAAAACCAGUUACGUCGACGCCUAGGAAACAAGAAGAACGGCAACAGAUGGCGCCAACAACACCGAUACCUGCUCCGCGCCCAACUGGAGGAAGAGGAAGAGUAGAAGGCGGUAGGCGAACAUCGUUUGGAGAUACGACGACGAAGCACGAGAUGAAAUUCAUCGAGAAGCAAAUCGAUGCGCUUUAUACGGAGAAAAAGGAACACAGGAGACACGACGAGAUAGAUUCGGAGGUAGGAAGUGGAAAGUCCCCGGGAAGUAUCGAUUCGAAGAAGACGCCGCCACCGGGGUACGAGAAAACGAAACCACUCGGUGAUGUAAACUUGGCCGAGGCAAAGCAACAGCUUCUCGCUGAGUUGAAGCAGAAAAAGAAACCAACGCCGACCGCGGUUAUUAAGCAAACGUCGUCUUCUCACGUCGUGUUUGUGAAAAAUAUUCAUUUUCACACUCCUGCUUCGGCCAUGAGAAGAGAGUUCUCCAAAUUUGGCGACAUAAUAUCGAUCGAUUUUGGAUUCCCGAAAGACGAUUUUGGAGAAGAGAGAAAGAAGUUUUGCUUCAUUGAAUAUGCAUCUCGCAGUGAGUGCGAAGCAGCUGUCGCGCAAUCGAGCAACAUCUUUGUCGAUAGUCGCCGCUUAAUUGUGCAGCACAGGACCGGCAAAGGACAACAAUCGAAGUAA